AGUCUCAUAUGUGUUGCACCACGUUGCAUAACGGGCUGUAGGGUGGAUAUGUCAUAAGUGUGUUUUAAGGUUACUGCCAUUUUGAAAUUACUCUCUUAACUAAUAGUAAAUAAUUAAUUCCCGUUAGCUUGGUGAAUAUGAACCUUAAGACACUUCGUCGUCACUGUUUUUGACACCCAUUCCCAUUGAAGGGAAUGAUGCCUAUUGCCAUCACGUAUCCACUGCGUAAAGAAGAUUUACAUAUAGAGUAUAAAACAUUAAGUCCGUUCUUCAUUCAGAAUACACAGAUAUGCAAGUACUCAGCGCCAUGAUACAUUCAGCGGGAAAAGAAUUCGAAAUGAAUCAUGAUUCAUAUCGAAGUUCUCAUCCCUUGUUUUAAAAUCUGCUUUUCCACUUCUCAUAAAUCGUCAGCAUCUUGAUUUGUGAUCGUCACAUCAAUUAGCCAUGAUAAGAGAAAAGGGUUAUCGGCUAUUUGCUGCUCACUAUAGUGGUUUUAAAGCCCACGAUGAUUUUGAUUGUAAAGUGGAAGGUAUAAAUAUGCAGCUAUAGAGAAAGAUAAUUACAAAGUUGUAGGAGUUUUAGUAUAUCCUCAUAAUGAUAUGCGUCCUUGAUCCCAUGGUUUUAUACUUUUCUCUUUUCGGAAAUUUAGCGUCACUAGUCUCACUAGUAAUAUAUUGUGGUCGUUUUUCCUACAUAAUUGGCUAUGAGCAGAUUUUCUCAGCUUACUGGGUCUUCUGAUCUACAAAAACAACCGUGGGAUGUAAAAUCAACCUCGGAACUCUACCAGGUCGACGAAAACAAGUGUUCGAAUUCAAUUAAAAAAUCCAAGGAUAGAAAAUCUCGUACUUCAAAGCGUUCGACAGAGUCCAUUCAGUCGCUUUCCACUGAUACUGCUUCAAAAAACGAUAUCGAUAGUUUGUACAUUGAACCGUGUGGAUUUCGUAAUGUAAGAAAUUCGUGUUUCCUUAAUGCUUCUCUCCAACUCUUACUCAAUAUUCCAACUUUGUGUUCAACUUUGUAUAAACUUCGCGGUAUAUGCGUUUCUUCAGCUGAAUCCACUUUCCAUGCUUCAGACGUUCAAGGAAAGAAAACCCCUUUGACAGAUCAACUGUUAGAAUUAAUUGAAAAACUCAAUCCACAAGUAGCGGAGAAUGAAACCAUACUAAAUAAUACUUCUCAAUGUUGUAAUGGUUAUGGUAAUAAAAAUGAUAAUACUGAUAAUAAUGUCAUUCAUGCAAACAAAACAAGAGUGGGCAGCAGUUCGAAUAGUCCUGUUCCCUCGACUUAUAAACUGUCACAAUCUAAUGGUGUACAACCAUUCAUGCUAAAACAUUUGAUUACACCGAACCCAAUUUUUGGAAAAUUGCUUCAUAUGAACACAGGUUUUCAAGAAGAUGCCGCUGAAUGCUUGACUUAUCUGCUUACACAAUUACAUGAAGAACUGGGUUGUACAGCGGUAGCUAAGAGUACAGAUGUACAUCUUUUGAAUGAUACAGAUCAAAGUCAAAAUGAUUCAGAAUGGAUAGUUACUGGUCGAGCUGGCAAACAUUUUCCAGAAGCUAGAAAAAUAGAACUUGAUGGUGGUCAAAGUCCUAUUGCUUCAUUAUUUUGUGGUACACUUGUAACUCGUUCUAAUCUAAGCAAAUCAGAUAGUAGUUACAAUGUUCAUAAUUAUUCAACUGUAAAUAGUCAUGCCAAAAAAUCUGCUAUCAAAGAACCUUUUUUCAUGCUUCAUGUACCUAUAGACAAUCCUCUAGUUAAUUCCGUUGAAUCAGCUUUACGGUAUUUAGCUGAACUUGAAGUAAUAACAGAUUAUCAUAAUUCUUCUAAUUCUCAAAUAUCAUUGGUACGUCGUCGAUCAAUGAUAGAUCGUCUUCCACCGUACUUAAUUAUACAAUUAAAACGAUUUUAUAAUGAAUCUAAGGUGAAAAAUGUACAAAAUAUUAAUACAUCUGUAAAUAAAUUUAACUCUACUACAUCACAAACAUCUGUAAUUAUUCGUAAACAUUUGAAAUCAGUUAAUAUCCAAUCUAAACUUCUUAUACCAAAAGGUAGGUUUGAAACGUGGUGAUUGGCGUUUGUAUAUUUUUUAAUAAUAGUAGCAUAGAUAUAUGAUGUCACUCUCAUUUACCAAGUAUAGAUUUAUGGACUCAGCUGUGAGUCAUGUUUUCAUAUUGGAGGGUUAAUGAGACUCUAUUAGAUUGUUCGAACCGAAUUAGUUAGAACGUUGUCCGUAGAUAUGGUAUGUGCUUUGCACUUUGUAAGUGCAAAGUAUUUUUACGAGACUGAGCCUGUUUGAUUUCAUUUUAAUUAACACUCUAAAUUGUCAUUAUUCUUAUUUACCAAGUGUAGUAACGAAUAUCACGUUAGUUUAUUGUUUUGGUGCUGGUCAAAUUUCAUCGAUUAAGUUACAGUGUGACCAGUAGUCUAAGGGAUUGUGUUCAGAUGUUGGAUUAUUGGAGGUUGUCGGUAGGAGACCGCAUAGUUUAGUUUUAUGCUGAUCGGUAGUCGUCAGUAAGUUGUAUCUAGAGUCUUGAGGGAAAUGAUACUCUCUAUGGGAUUCGAAUUCGUAUCACCCAGACUACUGGAUUACAUAGCUUCACAAUCUGAGACAUUACUAUUGAUCUAUUCUACCUACACGGACCUGUGCACAUAUAUAUAUUCCAUUAUCUCAUCCAUCACCUUUUUACUUUCUUUCUGUUUACACAUUUAGAAAUUUUAAAUCAGGAAACACAUUUCAGUAAUUCACAACGUAAUUAUCGUCUUCAAGCUGUUAUAUUUCAUGUUGGUGAAACAGUUGAAUCAGGUCACUAUACAAUUGCUGUGCGUAUAACUAAUCCCCUGAAAAAAUCAAACAACAACUCUUCCACAUUUAUCUAUUUUGAUGAUGAUCGUGCUUGUGUGUUAAAUAACGCAGAAAGUAUAAAUCUCCUACUAACCACACAUCAUCCAUUAGAUACAAGAAAUUGUAUAUUCCUUCAUUUGAAAAAACCAAAAACAUUUCAAACUAAUCCUGAACAUGUAAUAACAUCAUCAUCAUCUAAUCAACAUCACAGUGCAUUAAACGUUUCUAUCAAUCAUCCACGCACACCGUAUAUUCUUCUCUAUGAAUCCCAAAUAGGAGUUCAUUCAGACACAUAAUGAAGAUGAUGUGUACAUGUCACUGAAUCAUUUUCUGUGUGUAUGUGUAUGCUGGCAUUUCAAUUAUUCUUUUCCGUUCUUUUUCUAUGGUUUUGAUUUUUCUAUUGUUUGAUUGUGUAACACUUCUUUUUUUUUAGCAAAAACUCUGAAUUAUCAUUCUUUUUCCUAUGAAAAUCAUUUGUAGACAAAGUUUUAUUUUUCUUACCAUAGUUUUUGU